AUGGCAUCUAUAUUCGAGAAGCGUGGGGACACGACCAUCUACCGCGCACCGAACUCGGUGGACAUUCCUAGUCUCGACCUUUUGUCGUUUCUCUUCGAGAAUCCCCAGAAUGACAGGCUCAAGAGCGACACGAUCCUUCACGCCGACGCAGCUGAUCCCAGCCGCAACGUGACAACGGCGCAACAGAUCAGCCACCUGCAGAGGCUCGCUCACACGAUCCGAACAAAGUAUGGUAUUCGCGACGGUGACGUCGUUCAUGUCAUCUUGACCGGCCAUAUUCUGUGCCCAUCAAUCUUCCUCGGCAUCAUAGCCGCCGGCGCUACUGUCGCAUGCUCACUUCCGACGAGCCCGCCGACAGACAUAGCCGGGCAGAUUGCCAUGACGGAGAGCAAGCUGCUCAUCUGCAGCCCUGACCUCAAGGCACUUGCCGGGUCUGUCGGCGCACUCACAAGCCUACCUGAAGAACGAGUCAUAUACUUUGGGGACAGCGAGGACGUGGAACUCUACGAAGUCAAGUCGGGCACGCAGAUCCACGUCUCCUCGGAUGAGCACAGCUGGACCCGUGUCACAGACAUGGACAUCCUUCAAAAGACGACCACCUGCAUCGUCUACACCGGCGGCACGACCGGCCCCCCGAAAGCGAUUCCCAUCUCUCACGCCAAUAUUGUCGCCUCCGUCUUCCUCUUCAUGGAACCCUUCCGGCACGACCCGAAGCUCGAAUUCCGCACCGUCGCGCACGUCCCGACAACGCAUCUCUCGGGCAUCCAGGGCUACAUCACGUCGCAGACUUACGUCGGCGGCACCGUCUUCUGGAUGACGCGGGUUGACUUGCCGCAGCUUGUGGCCCAUUGCAAGCGCUACAGCGCCACGACGCUCCUGAGCCCGCCGCCCAUCUGGCUCGCCAUCGCCAAGGCACCCUUCGUGACAGACCAGCUCAGCACGAUGGUCGUGGGCUUCUCGAGCGCCGCGCCGAUGGGCGCCGAGCUCCAAAAUGAGGCGCAGCGCAAGCUGGGCAGGGGCCAACUGGGGCAAGCCUGGGGGAUGAGCGAGGCUUCAGGACCGAUGACGGUACUGCCGCUGGGCGAGAGGGAUGAGAGCGGCAGCGUUGCCAUGCUCGUCGCCAAUAGCGAGAUGCGAAUCGUCGACGAAGAAGGGAGGGACGUUACGCCUGGUGUGGCGGGCGAAGCGUGGGUGCGAGGUCCCCAAGUUGUGACCGGGUACUUCAAGAACGAUCAAGCGACGAGAGAGUCUUUUGUGGAUGGGUGGUACCGGACUGGCGACUUGCUGUACUUCAAAGAUGGCAAAUUUUACUUUGUCGAUCGUGCCAAGGAAAUCAUCAAGUACAGGGGGAAUAAUGUCGUUCCGGCUCAGCUCGAGAGCGUUCUCACGACGCACCCUCAGAUCCAAGAUGCAGGGGUCAUCGGCGUGAAGGUUGACGACGAUGAAGUUCCUCGUGCGUACGUUGUAACAACCGGGCCACAGAUCUCGGAGGAGGAUAUUUCGAGCUGGCUGGAAGACCAGGGAAUAGCCGAUGAGCAACAGCUCCGUGGCGGAGUUGUCUUCAUCAAGGAGGUGCCACGGUCGGCACCAGGGAAAAUCCUGCGCCAGGAUCUGCGGGCCAUACACAAGACGCCGACGCCAGCCAUGCCGAACGAUCGCGACCAACGGUACGAUGCCGUGCCGCCAAUCCCGAGCUACGAUGAGGCCAUGUCCAACCCCAACCACGCAGACUGGCCACCGCCAGCAUCACCGAACCCUGAGACCGAAUCACACGGGCUCUUGAGCUCCCAUAACAACGCUGCCUCGUCGUCAUCACGACGACCCACCGGCUACCGAGAACCGACCGUAGAAACGGAUGACGAGGACAGCCUGUUCUACAGCAGCGAUGACGGCGACGAAACGGCCUACGUGCGGCGGGAGAUGCAGGAGCUCGAGAUGGACGACGCCGGCAACGCGAGACCCUCCCUAUGGGGCAAGAGAAUUCCCUUCUCCUUAUCACUACCAAAUUGGAAAUGGUCCUGGCGACCGCGCUUGCCAAGGUUGCGACGCACCGUCAUGCUGCCCCAGCGCCCGGCGACCGACCCCUCGACGACAGCAAACGACGGCGACGCGAGCACAGAGCAGGAGACGGCGCGACCGCGCUUGCGGUGGCCCAACCUCGAGGGCGCCAACGGCAAGCAUGCGGCCAUUAUACUGGUGCGCAUCUUUGCGGGCUUCCUCGUCAUGUCGUUUGUCUACUUGAUCUUCAUGAGCGACAUCUUCUCGACCAUGGCGCGCAGGUUCGGCACGGGCCUGCGCUUCGACCCGGAAGACGUGCGCAUGUGGGUGCAGGGCCAUGUCGAGAACGCGGCCAUGCUCAAGACGGUCAAGCACUACACAAGCUUUGCUCAUAUUGCCGGCACCGAGGGCGACUAUGGCUACGCUAUGGACAUGGAGACCAUGUUCCACAGGGCGGGCAUGGACUUUGUGCACAUUGACCAGUAUGACGUCUACCUUAACUACCCAAAGGCGAACGGCAGGGCGGUGGAGAUUCUGGACGAAGCAGGCGAAAAGGCGACGUGGAAGGCAAAAAUGGAGGAGAAGGAAGUCGGCGGCGAGAUUGCAGGACACCAGACCUUUUCGUUCCAUGGCCACUCAAAGGCUGGUGACGUCAAGGGUCCUCUCGUGUACGCUAACUACGGCUCAAGGGAGGACUUUGCGCUGCUGAAGGACAAGGAGAUCAUCACCGAAGGAGCGAUUGCCCUGGUGCGGUACUACGGCUCGCAACCGAAUCUGGCCUUGAAGGUGAAGGCUGCCCAGGAUGCAGGCUUUGUAGGAUGUCUGGUGUACAGCGACCCUGAGGACGACGGGUUCAGGCAAGGAGACGUGGCGCCAGCCGGCCGCUUCAUGCCUGAAGAUGGCGUUCAGAGGGGAUCUGUCAGCUUGACGAACAUGGUCAUCGGCGACGUCCUGACCCCUGGAUGGGGCAGCAAGGAGGGCCUUCCACGGAUGAAGGUGGGCCAGACGCCCGGUCUUGUGUGGAUCCCAAGUUUGCCACUGGCAUGGCGAGACGCACAAGUGCUGCUGCAGCACCUCAAAGGCGUGGGCCAGAAGGUUCCUGAGGAGUGGAAGGGAGGUGUGCCCAAUGUUGACGAAUGGUGGACUGGCAACGCCUCAUCACCGAUUGUGCGUCUGAAGAACGAGCAGGACGAGGAAAAGAAGCAGCCGAUCUGGAACGUUUACGGCAAGAUUGAGGGCAUCGAGCAGUCCGAGAAGACGAUCAUGGUGGGCAACCAUCGCGACGCCUGGGCCUUCGGAGCAACAGACCCCCAUACCGGUACCGCCAUCAUGAUGGAGGUUGCGCGACUCUUCGGCAUCUUGCUGCUCAAGGGCUGGCGCCCACUGCGAACGAUCGAGUUCAUGUCUUGGGAUGGCGAGGCCUACAACAUGAUCGGCUCGACCGAAUUUGUCGAAACUCACGCGGACAAGCUGCGCGAAAAUGGUUGCGCCUAUAUCAACCUCGCCGGAGCUGUUGCUGGCAGCGAGCUCCACGCGUCCGGCUCACCCGUGUUCCAGUCUGUGCUGAACCGAAUUCUCGAGCGUAUCGAGGAUCCCCACCACAACAUGACGCUGCGGGAACUCUGGGACAAGCGAGGGGGGAAGAUCGAGGAGCCGAGCGUCCGCGGCGACUCUGUGCCGUUCCUGGACAUUGCAGGCACCAGCACUCUCGACCUGAGCUUCCGUGGCGACCCACACCCGCAAUACUCUAGCUACGACAAUUUUGACUGGAUGAAGCGCAUCGGCGACCCAGGAUUCGUGUAUCACGGUCUGAUGGCCCAGGUCGUCGCUUUCCUUUGCCUCGAACUGGCUGACCGCCCUAUUAUGCCUUUUGACAUGGAGGCCUACGGCGUCAAGCUUGACAAGUGGGCCGAAGAGCUCACCGAAUGGUCAAAGGAGAAAAUCAAGGCUGCCGGCCAGGAAAAAACCUUCUCCAUUGAUCCCAUCAAGAUUGCCAUCCACGACGUCAAAUCUGCGGCCAAGACAUUCUCGCGCUGGGAAAAGACAUGGGACAGCGUCGUCAUGGGUGGUGGCGGCUGGGAGUCGUCCGGCAUGAACACAAAGCGCAUCGAGUACAACACGCGCAUGGCGGGAUUCGAGACGGCACUCCUUGACAUUGAACAAGGCGGUGGUAUCCCCAACCGCACCCAGUUCAAGCACGUCGUCUUCGGACCCCAGGCCUGGUCCCAUACGAAACAGGUCACGUUCCCAGCGAUCCGCGACGCCAUUGAGGACGCGAACUGGGAGUUGGCGCGCAAGCUCGUCGAAAAGACGUCAGUCCUGAUCCGCAACGCCGCGAAGGUACUGCUCGAUCAGCAAACCGACGAGGUGCCAGGGCGGUGA